AUGCGCAUGGCAGCGGGAAGAGCCUGUGGCGCUUGGAGCGCGCAGCGCAUGCUGGUCCCCGGCCAGCGCGUCGACUUCAUCCGACUGUCCCCCGGCGUCGCCGCGGCGGCGACGGUACGGUUCGGCGCUCGUCGCGCCGUCGGGAGCAGAGUGAUCCUCUGCCUCGCCUCAGGAGGCGGUCGUCCGCGGGACGACGACGGCGAGUUCGAGCCGGCGGAUUCGCCGUUGGAUUCGGACGGGCGGAUGGUCGACGAGGGCAUGGACACGCUGUGGCGGCGCAUCCGCGAGGUGGAUGCGGCAUCAGCAGACGAGGAGGACAAGGAAGAACCAGAGGACGAGGGUGGCUUCGACGUCUUCGCGCCCCCGGCUGAGUGGACGGAGCUGGAGCGGCGGCAUUACGUGCUGUACGUUGCGGCCCUGCGCGAGGCACUCGGCGCCGUGUUCGCAUUGCUGGCGCGCGAGCGGCCGGCGCUCGGCGCGGCGGUCGUGGCGCUGGUGCUGCUCAGCGUGCCGGCCUCGGUGCUCCACGUCUCCGCGGAGCUGAUCCGGGCCGUGUACUCCAUCUUGGCCGCCGUGCGCAACGGUACAAUAUAGUACGAGUAGGAUUGUACUGCAUGGUUGCGUAUCCGUACCGAUGUACGUAUGUUUGUCACGUGCACGCCUUGCUUGUCCCUGUUCUGAGGGUGUAUUAGUAGAUUAUUAUAAGUGGCGUUCGUUUUCUCGAAUCGCAAUGGACAGCAAUCAC